AUGGCGGCCGACGGCGCCAGCUCGCCCUACGACGGGGGGGAUCCUAUGGCGAUGACUGCUGUCCCCCUGACCGGCUCGGACAGCCCAGCGAACAAGGGCUUCUCCCCGCUGGUGACCGUCGUGGGUUUCCACCAUGCCCGCGGACCCGAGGUAGAGACUUGGUUUGGUGCCGACCAAGGCAUCGACCCGGCGAUGCAAUACAACUGGCCACUACUGCCUUUCAUGGCACUGAGUGAUGGAGCUCAUGCAUCCGAGGAAGAGUUUUCGUACUUUACUUUGCUCAAGCCCAAGACCAACGCCGAGCCAGCAACGUCGUUGUUCGGCAUCUCCUGCACGCGACAACUCGACUCGUCGCACCUCAUCACCCGACCGGCCGACGUCACCAGAUCCACGGUCCAAAAGGCGGUCGUGGUGAUUGCGGACAGUCCCCAGCACUUUGGCAUGCUCCGCGAGAGGCUUAGCAUCGUCACCCAGGCUUGGUUUGCCCAACGCGAAUUCACAGACACGGACAUCUUGCGCCGGUUUCAGGAGAGCCUCGCAGAUACAAGGGCUAGGGGCAUCACGGGGCAAGAAUCCGAGCGAGACCUGCACCUGGGGAUGAGCUUGCGGGAGCUCAUUCACGAAUUCAAGUGGCAGGCCUUGGUGCUUCUCAAGUGUUGUUUACUGCAGCCAAAGAUGCUCUUCUUCGGGUCCAAGUGCGAUAGGCUAUGCAUGGUCCAGUUUUCCCUCAUCUCCCUGAUCCCCGGUCUCAUCCGGAACCUGCAGGACUGUGCCGAUCCCGAGUUAAACAGCUACGAGGAGAAGCUAGCCCAGCCCACCAGCUUACAGAGUAGCAAUCGAAACUCCCUCCUCACCUUCAUGGGCUUGCCUUUGCAGAUAUUUGGAAAGGGUGGUUUUUUCGGUCCUUAUACGCCGCUUCAGCAGCUUGAUAUUCUCGCCGAUUUCGGGACCAAGUCGUACAUUGUGGGGAGCACAAACUCGCUGCUGCUCCAGCAAAAGGACCGCUACAGCGACAUUCUCAUCAACCUGGACGAAGACACCGUCAACAUCACAUCCCCCUCUCUCAAAGCAGCCCUGGCGCUCACCCCCGCCGACCGAAGAUGGAUCGACUUUCUGACCCACGAGGUCAACGAAACAUGGGACGACGCCGAUCCAAGCAGGCCCAAGAACAUGCAGUACGUUGGGAGCGAGGAGUUUAUCAGAUCGCAGUUCGAGGCCUACAUCCUCGGCCUGAUAUCGUCGGUCAAGUACCACAACUUCUUGGUCAACCAGGGCGAAGGCAGCGGCCCCUCGUCCACGCUGGCAGCGGACGCCGAUCCCGCCGACGACUUUGGCCACGAGUGGGUGGAGGCGUGGUCAAGGACGGAAAACUACCGCAUGUGGAAUGCGCACACGGACACGAACCUGUUUGCGGUCUCGGAGCCCAAGCACCCUUGCGCAGGCGGGCUGACCAUUGAGGACAUCCAGCGCCGAGUGGCGGACCAGUUCAAAGACCUCCACCUCGACGAGCGGCUCGCCCAAGGCCGGGACAUUCUCGGGAGAAACCUCGCGGCCGGCCGCGAAAAGGCAUCCAGCAUGCUUGGCAAGCUCUACUCGGACAUGGAGUACCUCCGCGAGUCGCAGAGACGGCGCGCCGAGGAGGCACGGGCCCAGCCGGGCCCCAUGCCCCCCCCUCCGGAAAAGGGCCCCCUGUACCCGGUCGACCUGGCCAAGGCGCAGCAAACCGUCCACUCUGCCAGCGCCAAGGCCAGCGCCUACAUGUCCAGCUGGGCAACCUGGGCGGGCGAGAAGCGCAAAUCCAGAGGUGGCUGGGGCGUGGCCGGCUGGGGCAAGAAGAGCGGCGCUGCGCUGUCGCCGUCGCCGUCAACCCCCAUUGACAGGGAAUACCAGGUCGUCAGCGCCCCCGGGUCGCGGCCCGCCUCCACGGAGCAUCACGGCCCGGGGCGGCCUGCCAAACACGCCUCGUUCAGCGAGAGCAUCCUCUCGGCCGCGAGCGACGGGCGCGUGUCCGGGUCCUCGGAGCCGGAUCACGACACGUUCCACGACGUGGGGGGCACGCCAGCCCGUUCGGCCGCCGACGGCGCGCAUGCGCCCAAGGCCCAGGACGACGGGUUUCAAACGGCAGCCACCACGGGUGGUGGCGCCUCGGCCGGCAGCGCAAAAGGGCCAGGUGGCCAAGCCGUCGAGGGAGAGGCGGAAGCAUCGCCCCUGCCUAAGCCGGGACGGGGGGUGGGAGACGGGACUGACCAAAAGCCUGACGGGAUGGCAGGUCGACCGCCCAAGCCGGGACGAGAAGCGAGAGACGGGACUGAUCACCAGCCUGACGGGAUGGCAGGUCGACCGAGCGCACAAGAGGUGGGGGAUGAAUGA